AUGACACAUUCCCAUAGCAGCGACUCUACAACCGGCGACCUGAUCUUCACUCCCUCUGCCACCGACUCGCCCUUCGAUCCUCCUCAACGGAACCCCAAACCCAACCCGGGUCCGCCCAGUCCCUUACGUCUGUCCUCUUUACCUUCCACCAUCAAGGACGAGUUCCGACCUGCGAGACAAGAGGACCGUGUACAUUUUGACCUGGAUGCACCUGCUCAGGAUCCCUUCUCAGACGACGAAGCAGCCGACGAUAAUAUGUCAGGGUCAGGGCGGCCUUCCAUGCAUCGGCCUGCACCAGGUGCCCAUGCCUCCGAGCCCUUGCUAGGAGAAGACAAACGAUCGUUCAGUCGAGGAAGACCAGAAAGCCCCGGCGUCUCGGGAUCGAACCGGCCAGCCUUCACCGCACGCAGAAGCACCUUUCGGUCGAGGUCGCCCUCCUACGCACAACCGCCUGAUCUCGUGCGCCGGAAGUACAUCUACGCCUCCUUCUUCCUCAUCCUGUCCCUCAUCUCCUUCGUCGUCCAGACCGAGACCGCCGUCUACAUCCAGCACGAGCUGAAAUGGAACAAGGCAUACUGCAUGAUGUACCUGACCCACGGCUCCUGGGUCUUCCUGUGGCCCGUCCAAUUCCUGAUCAUCCGCCUCCAGAAACGUAAACUGUCCUGGGAGGCCUUCUGGCGACGACACAAGUACAUCCUGAGAUCCACCGCCCAGAUGGUCGUCUCGCAAGACCUGUACCUCUCGCCCGCCACUACCGCCCGCUCCCCAUGGCCUUACAUGAUCAAAGCCACCGCUUUCAUCACCACCUUCCUCACCAUGGCCGGCGGCUCGUGGUACGUCGCCGUCAAUCUGACGUCCCCUUCCGACCUGACCGCAAUCUACAACUGUUCCGCCUUCUUCGCCUACGUCUUCUCCAUCAUGCUACUGAACGACAAACUGCGCUUCGACAAGGCCCUCUCCGUCGCGCUGGCCAUCAUCGGCGUCCUGGUUGUCGCGUACGGUGACAAAGACGACUCCACGCCCGGGCCCGGGCCCUCCAACCCCGGCGCUGAGAAGGGUUUCGGCACCAAACUCAUCGGCAACCUGGUAAUCGGCGUCGGCUCCGUCGCAUACGGCUUCUACGAGGUCCUGUACAAGCGCUUCGCCUGCCCGCCUGAAGGCUGCUCGCCGGGCCGCGGUAUGAUCUUCGCCAAUACCUUCGGCAGCAUGAUCGGCCUGUUCACCCUGACCGUCCUGUGGAUCCCGCUGCCAAUCCUACAUAUCACGGGCCUGGAAGUCUUCGAGCUCCCUUCACGGAAAGCUGCUGGCCUACUUGCGGUCUCGACGCUGUCAAACGCCGUCUUCUCCGGCUCCUUUCUGGUCCUGAUGUCGCUGACGUCCCCGGUGCUCAGCUCCGUCGCAGCCCUGCUGACCAUCUUCCUCGUCGGCAUCACCGACUGGCUGAUCACGGGGAAGCCCAUCAGCCUACCCGCCAUGGUCGGCUGCGCCCUCAUCGUUGUCGCCUUCGUCAUGCUCAGCUAUGCCACCUACCGCGAGAUGAAGGAGGACCAGCUGAAACGCGAGGACAACGAGGACAAGGUCUUCGACGAUGACGAAGAGGAUGACCUUGAGGGCCCGGACCGCAGCAGCAACGAUGGCUACCGUCCCAGUGGCAGCAGGACUGCUCUACGAGGGAACCGCCGUGGCGACCAUGAUGACGAUGAUGACGAUGAUGGCAGUGUGGAUGAGCUGGGCCGGACCAGACGCGGGCGCAGGGACAGCUAA